AUGGACACUACCACCUGGAGCCCCACGACCGACACUACCUCACCCCUUGCGCCACAUGAGCGCAUCCGCAAUGCGGCCGACAUCUCUGUCAUCGUUGUCUACUUUGUGGUGGUGAUGGCCGUCGGGCUGUGGGCUAUGUUUUCCACUAAUCGUGGGACUGUUGGAGGCUUCUUCCUGGCAGGACGAAGUAUGGUGUGGUGGCCGGUUGGAGCAUCUCUCUUUGCCAGUAACAUUGGAAGUGGCCACUUUGUGGGGCUGGCAGGGACAGGAGCUGCAGCAGGCAUCGCCACUGGGGGCUUUGAAUGGAAUGCCCUGAUUUGGGUGGUUGUCUUAGGCUGGGUGUUUGUUCCCAUUUACAUUAAGGCUGGGGUGGUGACGAUGCCAGAGUACCUGAGGAAGCGAUUUGGAGGCAAGAGGAUCCAGAUCUACCUCUCUAUUCUGUCCCUGUUACUCUACAUUUUCACCAAGAUCUCGGCAGACAUCUUCUCUGGGGCCAUAUUCAUCAACAUGGCCUUGGGUCUGGAUCUGUAUUUGGCCAUCUUUCUUUUAUUGGCAAUCACUGGUCUUUAUACUAUCACAGGGGGCCUGGCAGCUGUGAUUUACACGGACACCUUGCAGACAGUGAUCAUGCUGGUGGGGUCUUUUAUCUUGACCGGGUUUGCUUUUCACGAAGUGGGAGGGUAUGAUACCUUCAUGAUAAAGUACAUGAAAGCCAUUCCAACUGUGAUUUCUGAUGGAAACAUCACCAUCAAGAAAGAAUGUUAUACACCGAGAGCUGACUCUUUCCACAUCUUCCGAGACCCCCUCACUGGAGACCUGCCAUGGCCUGGGCUCACCUUUGGGUUGUCCAUCCUUGCCCUGUGGUACUGGUGCACAGAUCAGGUCAUUGUGCAACGCUGCCUCUCAGCCAAAAACAUGUCUCAUGUGAAGGCCGGCUGUGUCAUGUGUGGGUACCUGAAGCUGCUGCCUAUGUUCCUCAUGGUGAUGCCGGGAAUGAUCAGCCGCAUCCUGUACACAGAAAAAGUUGCCUGCACCGUCCCCUCGGAAUGUAAGAAAUAUUGUGGCACUGAAGUUGGCUGUACCAACAUGGCUUACCCGACCUUGGUGGUGGAGCUCAUGCCCAAUGGACUGCGAGGCCUGAUGCUGUCAGUCAUGUUGGCUUCUCUCAUGAGCUCCCUAACUUCCAUCUUCAAUAGUGCCAGCACCCUCUUUACCAUGGACAUCUACACCAAGAUCCGAAAACGAGCAUCUGAAAAAGAACUCAUGAUUGCAGGAAGGUUGUUCAUCUUGGUGCUGACUGGCAUCAGCAUUGCCUGGGUGCCCAUUGUGCAGUCAGCGCAAAGUGGGCAGCUCUUUGAUUACAUCCAGUCCAUUACCAGUUACUUGGGACCGCCCAUUGCAGCUGUCUUCCUGCUUGCUAUUUUCUGCAAGAGAGUCAAUGAACAGGGAGCCUUUUGGGGACUGAUCAUAGGAUUUCUGAUUGGGGUGUCCCGUAUGGUGGCUGAAUUUUCCUAUGGAACUGGGAGCUGCAUGAAGCCCAGCAACUGUCCCAAAAUUAUCUGUGGUGUGCACUACCUGUAUUUUGCCAUCAUCCUUUUUGUCAUUUCUAUCAUCAUCAUUGUGGUUGUGUCUCUCUUCACCAAGCCCAUUCCAGAUGUGCAUCUCUAUCGUCUGUGCUGGAGCCUGCGCAACAGCAAAGAGGAACGUAUUGACUUGGAUGCAGGAGAGGAGGACAUCCAAGAAACCCCAGAGGAGACCAUUGAAAUAGAGAGACAGAUUCCUGAGGAGGAAAAAGGAUGUUUCAGGCGAGCCUAUGACCUGUUUUGUGGCCUGGACCAACAGAAGGGCCCCAAGAUGACAAAGGAAGAGGAGGCAGCAAUGAAGCUGAAGAUGACAGACACCUCUGAGAAGCCUUUGUGGAGAACAAUAGUUAAUAUCAAUGGCAUCAUCCUGCUUGCCGUGGCUGUUUUCUGCCAUGCAUUUUUUGCCUGA